GCAGCAGCCGCCUCGCACAGCAUCCCGGCGGCAGUGGGUCCGUGGUAGCGCAGUAGCCAGAGACUCGAGACGCCAGCUCGAAAUGGCCACAGUAUACGGAUGUGCAAAGUAGAGUCGAUUUUGCCGCCACCGCCGCAGUCGCAUCCGCCGCCGCCGCCGUCGUCGUCGUCAUCAUCGUAGCCAAACCGUGUGCAGACAGAGGACUAGCCGCGCGCGCGACAUGAUGUAACACACACCGUAACCCUAAUCACACCGUAAUUUUUAUCACACGCGCGAUAAUCGUAUUUAUUUAUCUCUCCUCCUCCUCAUUACACAUUCACUCUCUGUGCGCGUGUAUGAAGUAUGUGCGGCAGCGGGGUAAACUCAAAGUGCUGCGCUAGGCGCCGCCUCCGGUCUGGGUGCCCUCGCCGCAGUCUGCACUAGCCGCCACGCACGCACUUCUUCUCCUCCGUUCUUCUGGAGCGAUGAUCUAAAGCGGGCCACGCAUCUCCGAGUCAGCGCGGUCUUCGAGCACCUUUAAGCACGUCAUCACCACCACGCUAUCUUGGGCUACCCCAUGGACAGUGGCAUGCGGCAAUGUCAAUUCAACUGCGGCCCGCGAGCACUGACGCUCUUUGUACUCUUGCACAUCUGCCUCACGCUACCGGACGACGUUGCGGGCGGCUACAAUGAGAAGCGGCUGCUGCACAAACUCCUCGAUCACUACAAUGUGCUCGAGCGGCCCGUCGCGAACGAGUCGGACCCGCUGCAGCUCAGCUUCGGGCUAACAUUGAUGCAAAUCAUCGAUGUGGAUGAAAAAAAUCAGUUGCUCAUUACGAAUAUCUGGCUGAAGUUGGAAUGGAACGAUAUGAACUUGAGAUGGAACGCUUCGGAGUUUGGCGGAGUAAAGGACCUGCGUAUUCCGCCACAUCGUCUCUGGAAGCCGGACGUGCUCAUGUACAACAGUGCGGAUGAGGGCUUCGACGGCACGUACCCCACCAACGUGGUGGUAAGGCAAAACGGCAGUUGCCUGUACGUGCCGCCGGGUAUCUUCAAGAGCACGUGUAAGAUCGACAUCACCUGGUUCCCGUUCGACGACCAGCGUUGCGAGAUGAAGUUCGGGAGUUGGACCUACGACGGAUUGCAGUUGGAUCUGCAAUUGCAGGAUGACGCCGGUGGUGAUAUUAGUAGUUUCAUCACGAACGGCGAAUGGGACUUGCUUGGCGUGCCGGGUAAGCGUAAUGAGAUCUAUUACAACUGCUGCCCGGAGCCGUACAUCGACAUCACGUUCGUGAUCAUCAUCCGUCGACGGACACUCUACUACUUCUUCAAUCUGAUCGUGCCGUGUGUGCUGAUUGCGUCGAUGGCGGUGUUGGGCUUCACGCUGCCGCCCGACUCCGGCGAGAAGCUCUCGCUGGGUGUGACCAUCCUGCUGUCGCUCACCGUGUUCCUCAACAUGGUCGCCGAGACGAUGCCGGCGACCUCUGACGCCGUACCACUGCUGGGCACCUACUUCAACUGCAUCAUGUUCAUGGUGGCCUCCUCGGUGGUCUCGACCAUUCUCAUCCUCAACUAUCAUCAUCGCAACGCCGAUACCCACGAGAUGUCUACCUGGAUUAAAGUUGUGUUCCUCUACUGGCUGCCGUGCAUUCUGCGCAUGAGCCGGCCUGGUGUGGGUAUGUGCGACUACCCAAAGGGCAGCGCUGGUUCAUCGGUGGGCUCCGGCGGGAAGCCGUUCCAGGAUGUGGAGAUGAAAGAGCGCAGCUCCAAGAGCCUGCUGGCGAACGUGCUCGAUAUAGAUGACGACUUCCGGCAUAAUCAUCACCGAGGCGCUGGUACACCCACGCCGCUCCCCACGGCUGCGUUAUUCCGAACAGUCUACAGGCAGGACGAGAACAACGGCAAUGGCGGUGGACGAUUGCACGAAUCGCUCGUCUCCAACCACGCCUGCCUCAGCGCCGACUACGAGCUGGCCCUCAUCCUGAAGGAGAUCCGCUUCAUCACCGACCAGCUGCGGAAGGAGGACGAGGCCGCCGACGUGACGCGCGACUGGAAGUUCGCGGCGAUGGUGGUCGACAGACUGUGCCUUAUCAUAUUCACCCUGUUCACGAUCAUCGCGACGCUCGCGGUGCUCUUCUCGGCGCCGCACAUCAUCGUCUCGUAGCCGGGCGCCCGCCGCCGCCGCCGCCGCCGCCACCUUCGUUGGGUUCUUCCUAGUGUUUUACAUUUGAUUCGUACGACGCGCACACGCGCACUAGCUGCCAAACAAAUCGACGAAAUGAAGAUGAAGUUAGUGUUUAGUUUCGUUUAGCUAACUAACCGGAGCGGACCCCCUCCCACCUGCCCGCCCGCCCCCAAACACACUCACUAGCCGUUUGGCGCGCGCGUGCGUGCGCGCCGCCCAGGGGACGACGACGUUGAGAUUUUAUACACAAAAUACAUAAGGCAGGUAUCGAACUUACUGAAUUUACCUACGAUUACGAUAUGACAAAACGACGCGUGUUUUCUUUUUGUAUAGUGUUCUUUAGGAUAUUAAAACACAAUCAUACUGUGAUAAAUCAAAUUAAAUGUUGAGUUGACAAAGUGAGGGACGAGGACGACGACGACGAAAAUAACGCACGCGAUUUAAGACAAAAAAGAACACACGCCCCACGCGCACGCCCACGCACCCGAUUUGCUGGUGGGCGGUGGGCGUGCACGUGCGCGAGAAUACUUCAGUUGCAUAAACAACAACAACUAUUUCCACGCGCAGGCCCAUCGCUCCAGUGGGCGGCGCGUCGCGCGCACGCGCAUUGUUAAUUCACACAUUGUUAAUGGCAUUUUUGUAUUCAAACAAACGACAUGUAGAUGGAUAUUUUUCUCGAUAGGAUUUAAACAUUUUAAAACAUCGUUAGGAUAAUUAAAAACAAAACAUCAAUACAAACAAUUAUUAUUUGCGCUUUCCUGCUCAUUUCGUUUGAUCGAUUAUUCGCGCAAGUCGACCGAUGCGACAACCGCCAUACUGACGCCGCGGCCGAUUUGCCACCGUAAAACAUUCAAGUCUAUUUAAACAAGGAAAAAACGUAAAUGAUAAUUAUGAAUUGAUAUAAACGAUAAAUGAAUUAAUGAGAUACUAGUGAAACAAGUGAGGUUGUCAUAAUAGAUGCAUAAGGAAAGAAAACAACAUUUGAUUGGUGUGUUCGUUCGCUUACAUUUGCUCAAUGCUCAAAUAUUAAUUAUAUUGACAUUUAAAUGAAGGCGAAAAUCUUAACACCCACACAUUGAAACACACCCACACACACAUACACAACUCAUGCACGCCCUGGCCGGGAUGAAACAAUGAAAAACAUUCGCACACGCACGUCAAACGCGAAACAAAGGAAGUUGCUCAAAAAUCUUUCCUAGAAACCGUGCGCGGAAUGUAACUCGACGCCGAAUUUACCACUUCCGGAAGGGCGGCCAUUUUCUCUCACACACACACACACACACACACGUGUCGAUACCGGAAAACGGUUUAGUUGGAAAACCUUGUCACUGUCACACGCCAUGACAAUAUAUAUCUUGUUAUAGAGACAAAACGUUAGUUGGUUUUCGCGUUUACGUUUCGAUUGUUUGAAAUUUAUAAAUGAAAAGUUUUAUUGUCAAAUGCUGUCAAAGCAAUACGCAAUACGAGUUGCAAUAAAUGAAAGUCAAACGGGUCGACACCGAUAUAAGCAAAGUCAUCUAUCUCUCUUAACUAAACAAACAAACAAAACAAACAACAAGAACAAGAACAAAACGAUGACGAUGAUUUUUUCGUAAGCAAUUUUAAGAUGAACGAUGAUGAUGUAUUUUUAAAAGCGUUCCUUUCCAACCCUCAGCCCUUAAAAGUGAAUAAACUAAGUAAAUUUUUACUAAAAAGCAAAAAAAAACGACGAAAGAAUCGAAUAAUUCGACGUGUAUAGAAGCUGGGUUUGCGUGGGUGCUCCUCCCACUGCCGGGCGGAGUAACAUCGCUCACCUCGGUCAAGCCCCGCCCGGCACAUGGGACACGCCCCUCUCAAUGCACCCACAUUAAAAAAAGAUACAUAUGAACACAACUAAUAUGAACAAAAUGAUGGCGUGCGCAUAAUGAGAACCGAAAAAUAAUUAACUUAAACGGUGCGCACUAAAAAUUCGUAUAUUGAGUAAUUACAAAUUACAAAUCUAUUUCUAUGAUAUUCAUAUUAUAAUAAUAAUAAUACUAAUAAAUAAAAUAAAACACAAAACAAAAAAAAGAAGAAGAGAAUCUCGCAUUUCCAUUAUUAUAUAAAUAAACAUAAAAUAAAAUUCGAGGAUUAAACGUCUCUCCCGGCGCGCCCCGCCCCCGUCCUCUGACCCCGCCCCCUGCCCCCAAAACAAACCUCACUCCCACCCAAAAAUGAUGAUAAGCUGAAUUAACUUGUAAGUAACUGACGAUUGAUGAGGAAUUUUAAAGUUGAACAACAACAAGCGCACACACAAAAACAAAGAACAAACAAAAACAAAAAGAACGACAAUCCAUAACGGUCGCUCCUUUCCUUCUAUCUCUCUCUAACUAACUCUCUAUCUAUCUAACACACAAACGGAAACAAAAGCGGGACGGAUAAAUAAAUAAAUACGAACAAAACAAGAAGAUGAUGAAGAAAAAAACGCACUGCGCUUUUGAAUUCGAGUCAAUUAAGAAAUUUCGCUCUUUAUGUAUAUUAAGAAGUUUCCUAAUUCGAUUGUGACUUUGAAAGCUAAGCAAAACCACCCUCCACGCUCACACAAACAGAGUUUACCGAAGAAAACCGCAACAAAAAAAAUUAAUUAUUGUAAACAGAUUGAUGAAGGAAAAAGUUAACAGACAAAACCAACACAACAACAUGAAUAAACUAUAAGCGACGGCUUUGUUUUCUACUGAACAUUACAAAAAAAAAUCGCAAAAAACUAUGAAAUGAAAAAUUGAAAAAAUUGUUGUAAUAUCGUGUCAACCAAUGGAUUGUACUUUGUUAAAAUGAAUUAUAUGAAUUAAACAAUAAUAAGACGUGUAAAAAAAAUGCCGCAAUAUGAUGACACAUGAA